UUUCAUUCUUUCUCGCCAAACACGUGAGUUAUCCUCCAACGUCCCCUUCGUACUCCCACCCCCAUACCCACUCUCCUCCUCCUCCGACGACGAAACCCUAGAAAUCCUCGUCUCCGAGCUCUCGAAUUGGGGCCUUGAACAUGGCAACGUCGGUGAGAGCGCCUACGUCGUCGCCUUCCUCUUCCCCCAGCUCCCUCCAGCUUCGGUUCGCUCGCAGGAUUAGGGCUUCUCCCUCCUCCGUUAUCCUCAAGAUCCGCGCCUCCGAUCGCCGGAUUCGCCUCGUGUUCGCAUGCGGAGAGGCCGAUAGAGGCCGGGGCGAAUAUCGCUCUUGGAGCAAAUCGGCGGGUGGAUCGCCGGAUUCGUUCGCGGGGUGGUCGGGCUCCGAGAGCGGCGGCGGGGGCGACUCGAAGAAGAGCGGUGGGUUUGGAGGGGCUCUUGGAGCAGGACUUGCUGGAGUCUUUUUUGCAGCUGGAGUUACGUUCGCUGCCUUGUCUCUCAAGGGGAGAAGUACUUCUGGUGUCAAACAACAAAUGGAACCUUUAAGCAAUGAGCAAUCAGUCUUAAUUAAUAAUGAUGAUAACCCGAAAGUUGAUGAGGUCGGGAAUGCCUCUAAUGAUGUGCUGCAAAACAGUAACAGCACGACACUCAACAGCUGGUCGGAGAAUGAGACAGGUAUAGACAGGGACCUUUCUGUAGAAAAUAUUGAAGAUUCUAAUGAAACCAUAUCUAAUAGUAUAGACAAUUCGGAGGCUUGUUCGAUAAGUAACACUAAACCAGAUAGUGAUGAUGUUGAUGCUGUAAAUGCCGAUCAAUAUGACCAGAAUGUAACCUCCGAUGCUAAUGAUGUGCCAAGUUCCUUCUCGCCCGAAUUUCCUGCCCAUGCCAUUGACCUUUCAUCUGAUAUACCUAGUUUGAAGGAUUCUGUCAGCAAUGAACCUUCUGGUUCUUUUGGCCCAUCUAUUGUCGAUGAUGUCACCCUGGUUACAGACACUCAUUAUGAUUCCUCAUCACUUACCAAUCAUGUUAGUGGUCAUCAGGUGGGAGGUAUAAAUCUGGCAGAAAUAUUUGAAGUUGAUGAUCGAUCAACUACCUUUAGUGGGUUGGAGAAUGAGAAUUCAGUUGAUACACUGAAAUCCAAUAUAUCGAGUUUAGAAUCUGAUGAUGUUGUAGACACCCUGGUCAAGUUAGAAAAUGUUGUUGAUGUUGCAACAUUUGUGUCAAAGGAUCAAGAUGUUGAACAGCCUGAGAUGCUGGAGCUUCCCACUAGUGGUUUCUCUCGUGGUAUAUAUGAAGAAAGUGAAACUUUUCCAGCUGGAAUUGUUAAUAGUUCAGAUUUUGAUGUAGGUGAGGACCCAUGUAAUUCAAUUAAUCCACAUCCCAGUGGGCGCUCAGUAAAUGAAACUGUGGUAACUGUAGGGCAUCCUGUUUCAAUUACUAAAGAAAUAAGUGAAAAUGUGCUAAAAAUUGAAAGUCAACUUGAUAAAAGCCAAUUGUUUGAGUCGCUAGCGGCUGAGAAAUCUUUCUCCCGUGCUGGCAUCCCUGCUCCUGCUCCACUCUCUGCAGCUUUACAGGUGCCUCCUGGAAAAGUUUUGAUUCCUGCUGCAGUUGACCAGGUUCAGGAGCAUGCAUUGGCAGCAUUGCAAGUUUUGAAGGUUAUUGAAGCAGAUGCUCGGCCUGUUGAUUUAUGUACUCGUCGUGAGUAUGCACGUUGGUUGGUAUCUGGCAGCAGUGCACUUUCGAGGAACACAACUUCGAAAGUGUAUCCAGCAAUGUAUAUAGAGAAUUUGACGGAACUUGCAUUUGAUGAUGUCACUCCUGAAGACCCCGAUUUCCCCUACAUUCAAGGUUUGGCAGAAGCUGGUCUGAUUUCUAGUAAACUUUCAAGAUCUGUUAUAGAGAGCUCUGCUGAUGGGCAGCAAGAUUCUUUUCUUUUCUGUCCUGAAAGCCCUCUAUCACGUCAAGAUCUUGUGAGUUGGAAGAUGGCUUUAGAUAAAAGCAAACUGCCAGAAGUCGAUAGAAAUACUCUGUACCAGUCUACUGGCUAUAUAGAUAUUGAUAAAAUAAACCCAGAUGCUUGGCCUGCUUUGGUUGCUGACUUGUCUGCUGGAGAACAGAGUAUUACAGCUCUUGCAUUCGGUUAUACUAGACUUUUCCAACCAGACAAGCCCGUCACGAAAGCACAGGCUGCUGUUGCACUUUCGACUGGCGAUGCUUCUGAGGUUGUGAGUGAGGAACUUGCUCGUAUUGAAGCUGAGAAAUUGGCAGAGACUGCUGUGAAUGCACAUACUGCUCUAGUAGCCCAAGUUGAGAAAGACCUUAAUGCAAGCUUUGAGAAAGAGCUUUUGAAGGAAAGAGAGAAGAUAGAGGCAUUAGAAAAACUCGCCGAAGAAGCCAGGAUUGAAUUGGAAAAAUUAAGGAGGGAAAGAGAGGAGGAAAACAAUGCUCUCAUUAAGGGGCGAGCUGCAGUAGAAUCUGAAAUGGAAGUCCUUUCGAGGCUAAGGCAUGAGGUAGAGGAGCAAUUGCAGAGCCUCAUGAGCGAUAAAGCAGAGAUAUCCUUUGAAAGGGAGAGGAUUAAUAAGUUACGGAAAGAAGCAGAGAAUGAGAACCAAGUCAUUGUGCAGUUACAAUAUGAGCUUGAGGUUGAGAGGAAAGCCUUGUCCAUGGCCAGGGCUUGGGCAGAAGAGGAAGCGAAAAGAGCCAGGGAGCAGGCUAGAGCCCUCGAGGAGGCGAGAGACAGCUGGGAGCGCCAAGGCAUUAAAGUAGUUAUUGAUGAAGAUCUCCAAGAUGCUGCUUCCUCGGGUGUCACAUGGGUCACUGCUGGCAAGGAGACUCAAGUCGAGGAGACAGUCAAUAGAGCAGAGUCCCUAGUAGAAAAGCUCAAGGCAAUGGCUGCUGAGAUCAAACUUAGAUCCUCGGCUGUUAUUGAAAAGAUAAUUCAAAAGAUUGUAUCCUUAAUCUCAACUUUGAAGAAGCGGGCAGCCGAGACACUGGAGCACUCUUCAGAGGUCUGGAGUGAUACGAUUGCGAAGGCAAGAAAAUCGGUGGGCGAGUUGCAGGGCAAUGCGUAUGUAUUAGGGUCAACUGUUCAGGAGAGAGCGAGGAGGGUCGCUGAUGAAUGCAAGGAAGGCAUGGAUAAGAUCUCGCAGAGAUUCAGGACAUGAGGCAUCCUUCUUGUUUUAGUUUGUAGAAGUUGAGGAUUUUAGUUCUUUGGUACCUCUUCGAGAAAGAGGAUAAUGUUACUCAUCACAUGCGGAGAUUUAAAGCUGCAGUAAGCCGUAAGCUUUCUAAUAAGUGCUGCAUCUUUUUUUUGUUGUUGUUUUUGUUGUUGUUGUUGUUGUUGUUGUUGUAACAUCUUUGUGAAUGAAUACAUUGGUUAUGAAUCUCCCAUCUUCAAGGGAAUGAAAUGUUGAAAAUUAGCCGUGCAUAA